AUGGACCCCUCUACCUCACAAAACCAGAUCCCCGUGGUGGACUUCGCGGGGUGGACCUCAGGCGGCCCCAGUCGCCAGCGUGUGGCACAAGAGAUCGUCGCUGCUUGCAAGAAAGUGGGGUUCGUGUAUAUCGUCAACCACUCUCUCCCAGAUACCCUCCUCGACGAGGCAUUCCACUGGUCUCGGCUUUUCUUCGAGCUGCCCACGGCAGAAAAGUUGCGAGCCCCGCAUCCUGACGGCUGGGCUGUUCACCGAGGUUAUUCGUGGCCGGGGCUGGAGAAGGUCUCGCAGGCUGCGAGCGCAUAUAAUGAUGAAGAGCGGACUAGGGAGUUGAGAGAGAUUCCUGAUAUCAAGGAAAGUUAUGAUAUCGGCAGCGAGGAGAAUCCAACACAACCAAAUCAAUGGAUUCCCGAAGAUACCCUCCCCGGGUUCCGUGCUUUCAUGAAUCGGUUCUACUGGGAGGGAUUCCGCGUGGGAGGUGAAAUUUUGCAGGCUCUAGCGGUCGGCCUCGGUCUCGAAGAUGAGAAUCAUCUCCUGCAAAAGCAUUCAGGACAUAAUAACCAGCUCCGGCUUCUGCAUUAUCCACCGGUACCGGCUGAUGCGUUGGAACAGCGUCGCGCAGCUCGUUGUCCCGCGCACACGGAUUGGAGCUCCAUUACCUUGCUCUUCCAGGAUGAUUGCGGGGGCCUGGAGGUGGAGGAUGUCAACAAUCCUGGCCACUUUAUUCCGGCAACCCCCAUCAAGAAUGCCAUCGUGAUGAAUGUGGGUGAUCUCUUGCAGAGAUGGAGUAAUGACCAGUUGAUAUCAACUAGUCAUCGGGUCACACUCCCUCCUCUGGCCGAUCGAAUUGAAGGCGAAGAUCGCAUUACCCGUAGACGGUUUUCUAUUCCGUACUUUUUGGCUCCUGACCCCGACUCGGUGAUUGAGUGUAUCCCGGCUUGCACAGGUCCUGACGAGCCAGCCAAGUAUGAGCCGAUCACACAGGCAGGGUAUAAUCAGAUGCGGGCUUCUAUGCAAUACUGA